AUGCAGGCCAUCAAAUGUGUCGUCGUGGGCGACGGUGCUGUGGGGAAAACAUGUCUGCUCAUCAGUUAUACUACCAAUGCCUUCCCAGGCGAAUAUAUUCCAACAGUAUUUGAUAACUACUCAGCCAACGUCAUGGUAGACGGCAAACCAAUCAACUUGGGUCUAUGGGAUACAGCAGGCCAAGAAGAUUACGAUCGUCUACGUCCCCUAUCCUAUCCACAAACAGACGUAUUCUUGAUUUGUUUCUCACUAGUCUCACCGCCAUCAUUCGAAAACGUGCGAACAAAAUGGUUUCCCGAAAUCUCUCAUCAUGCACCAAACACCCCCAUCAUCCUCGUCGGAACCAAAUUGGAUUUACGUGAAGAAAAGGAAACUAUUGAAAAGUUACGUGAAAGGAGAAUGGCUCCCAUCUCGUAUCCUCAGGGUUUACAAAUGGCAAAGGAAAUUGGUGCUGUCAAGUACUUGGAGUGUUCUGCUCUGACGCAGAAGGGGUUGAAGAAUGUGUUUGAUGAAGCUAUUCGUGCUGUUCUUUGUCCCGUCAUACCAGUACGGCGGUACGUGUAUUACUAUGAUAAUCUGUUUUUUGUUGAUGACGCUGGUUUGGUUGGAAGGGCGGUUGUCAUUAAUGUUAUGAAAUGA